AUGUCUGUAGCUCCCCAGAAGCGGACCAAAAAAGACCCUCGCCGCGGGGUAUUCCGGCCCAUCAAUAACCUCUCUUCCCAGCAAACGCCCUCUCGCUCCGCCCGAAACAAGGCUCCAGCUCCCGCGAAGCAAGCCUAUAUCUCGACAUACUUUUCCGUUGCCGAAGCUACACCCGCCGAGAGCUUGCUCCAGCAGUCAGACGCCGAACAGAAGCCUCGCCGCUCGAGCCUACCGUUUGAAGAGGCCCCGGAAGAGAGCUCAGUAAACCUUUCUGGUCUGGGAAAUUCGACAUCGCUAUUCCUCGAAGAUCAUACCAAAGAGCCUAGGCUAUCCAUUUCUCCUGCUGCUCCGAUCGCGACUCUCGUUCCCCAUCCUCAGUUGCCACGACACGUUAAAGAGCAACUCAUAGACGGGCUGUACAUUGCGAAUAACACGGGCGAAGAUAGCAUUUUACACGGCGGAAAUCAUACACAACAUUCCAAGAUGGUCAACGAGCGGGAGCCUCCAAGGCCUGUAGGCCAGCAGCACUUCCAGCAGCCAAGCGCACCCAAGUUUGGCGAGGCGAGUCCGCUGCGCAACCCUUUGAAGAAAGACCAAUAUUCGCAUAUGUUCAACAAGCCAAGAUCGGGCCUGUCGCGCCCAGAAUUCCACAAGGCUAAUACGCACGGCUUCGUCCAACAACGCCCAGAGUCCGGCGCCGUCCCCAUCCAGAAGCCCACCGCGCCCGCCACCUACACCAUCCCGCCUACGCCUCAGCCAGUCUUUUCCUCCGUGCAACGCCCAGUGGGAGGAUUUCAGCCGAUCAACGGCCACCAAAAGCCGAAUCCUAUCGACUUUUCUGGCGAGAAGAAGAACCGGGUGGUCGACCUGACGGGCAGCGACGACGAGUUUGAUGCCGAUGCGGCAAUCAGGGAUGACAGGUUCGGUGCUGCCGAUCCUUUCGCAUACGUCGAAUCAAACCAAGCAAAUGACAACAUCAAGGCACUGCUUGAAGGUGCGUUCGACGACGAAGAUGACAAGCCGAAAACGCGCCUGCGGAAGAAGAAGAAGCAGCAGCAGCAAGAGAAGAAGGACGAGGCCGCCCUUGGCUCUCUGGCAGAUAAGCUGAAGGCUCUGGAGGUGAAGGCAGAGGACAAGGCCGAGGAAGCCCCUGAGCCUGAGCCGGAGGAGGAAGAGGAGGAGGAAGACGACGGCACUGUCGAGGGUCUUAACGUCAAGCUGCUCCCUCACCAAGUGGAUGGUGUAGCUUGGAUGACCGACAAGGAAGUCGGACAGCGCAAAAAGAAUGGAGUGCUGCCCAAGGGUGGUAUCCUUGCCGACGACAUGGGUCUCGGAAAGACCGUCCAGUCCUUGGCACUGAUCCUCAACAACCCGCGGCCAGACCCCAAGGAGGAGGCCGAAAAGGAUGCCAAAAAGAACAAAAACAUUAUUCCCCCAAGCGUCAGCAAGUGCACACUCGUCGUUGCUCCUUUGGCUCUCAUUAAGCAAUGGGAAUCCGAGGUCAAGACCAAAGUCCUGCCAUCUCACAGCCUCAAGGUACUCGUUCACCACGGUCCCUCCCGGACCAAGAGCGCCGAAACUCUGAAGAAGUACGACAUUGUUAUCACCACCUAUCAGAUCCUGGCUUCAGAGCACGCAGCAAGCUCUGAUGCCGCUGGCGGUCCUAGAAUCGGUUGCUUCGGUGUUCACUGGUACAGAAUCAUGCUUGAUGAGGCGCACAGUAUCAAGAACAGGAACGCGAAGAUGUCGCAGGCUGCUUGUGCUCUCCGCUCGCAUUAUCGCUGGUGCUUGACGGGAACACCUAUGCAAAACAAUCUCGAUGAGUUGCAGAGCUUGAUCAAGUUCCUGAGGAUCAAGCCCUAUGAUGAGCUCAUCCGGUGGAAGACGGAUAUUGCUGCACCGAUGAAAAAUGGCCGUGGUAACCUCGCUAUGAGGAGACUGCAGGUCUUCCUCAAGGCUUUCAUGAAGCGGCGGACAAAGGACGUCCUCAAGAAGGAAGGCGCUCUCAACCCAGGAGGAAAGCCAGACAAGAAUGGUAAGAAAAGCGAGGGCUUCAGGAUCGUUGGCCGCAAGGUCGAGACUGUUGUCGCAGAAUUCGAUCCCCAGGAACGUCGCUUCUACGAUAGACUGGCAGACCGGGCGCAGAACCGACUGAAGGAGCUGAUGGGCGGCGAGAAGGCCGACUACAUUGGAGCUUUGGUCCUGCUGCUGCGUCUUCGUCAAGCAUGCAACCACCCGGAGCUGGUCGGUGGACAAGUUGGGAAGGACAAGGAUGCGCUCGCUGGGGCCGGCUCUGCCCCUGCCGCGGCGAACGGGCCUGGAACUCCGCGUAAGACAAAGACUGAGGAGAGCAAGGAACUCGACGAUCUUGCCGAUUUGCUCGGAGGCCUUGGUGUAGCUGCCAAGCACUGCGAUGUUUGCCAGAUUGAGCUGUCAAAGGAUGAGACUGCUUCUGGUGCAGUUAGGUGUGCGGAUUGCGAGAGCGAUCUUGCGGCACAGAAGAAGAAACACAAGAAAAAGAAGCACCACAAGUCAAAGGACAACAGACAGUCAAACUCUGAAGCUCAGGAAGAAAAGGAUGAUGAAGAGGAUGCACCUCCGAGGAAGCCCAAGCUUCUACGCAAGAAGCCAGUCAUUCUUGACAGUGAUGACGAAGAGGAGGAGGCAGAUGGCUCGUGGCUUGUUCCAGAGAAUGAGCGACAAGUCGAAGACCUCGGAAAGGCUGGCGGUACGGAUGACGAGAACGCAGAGGGCGGUGGCGAGUGGCUCAACUCCGAGGACGACGACGAGACGGAGGAUGAUGGCCCCGAGAGUCCAUCAAUCUUGCGGAGCCAACGCAGGGACAACGUCAUCAACCUCGUCUCGUCCGAAGCCGAGCAAGCCACGGAGAAGUCAGAAUCGGAAGACGAAGAGGAGGAAGACGGCUCGGAAGAAUCCGACAGCGACGACUCACUGCACGAGAAGAACACGCUCCACACCUCGACCAAGAUCCGCCGCCUGCUGGAAAUUCUUGAGCAAGAAACCCUCGACCACAAAAUCAUCGUCUUCAGCCAAUUCACUUCGAUGCUCGACCUGAUCGAGCCCUUCCUGCGCAAAGCCGCCUUCGGCUUCACGCGCUACGACGGCAGCAUGCGCAACGACCACCGCGAAGCCAGCCUCAACAAGCUGCGCAACGACGUCUCAUGCCGCAUCCUCCUCUGCAGCCUGAAAUGCGGCAGUCUCGGCCUGAACCUGACCGCAGCGUCGCGCGUCGUGAUCCUCGAGCCCUUCUGGAACCCCUUUGUCGAAGAACAAGCCAUCGACCGGGUGCACCGGCUGAACCAAACCGUCGACGUGGUCGUGUACAAGCUCACCGUCGCGCACACGGUCGAAGAGCGCAUCCUCGACCUGCAAGAGGCAAAGCGCAAGCUGGCGAACGCGGCUAUCGAGGGCGGCAAGGCUAUGGGCAAGCUGUCCAUGAAGGAUAUCAUGAACCUGUUCCGUCGCGACGCGGAGUUCGACGCUGGCGUCGCGGGCCCGCCGGGUGGGCCCGAGGAGGUCGGCUUCGCGAAGGUGUUGCAGGGGAAUCGGGGCGGUAGGGGCGGGAAAGGCUUGAUUGGCCAGGCGGUCCUGGGCGUUGGCGAGUAUGCCCAGGAGGGGAUGGCGGAUUUGGAGGGCAGGGAGGCGGCGGUGAGGGUGCCGGCGCAGAGGAAGGGCGUGGGGAGGCAGGAUCAUGCCGUUUAUGGGAGGAGGUAGGGGAUGUUUUGGUGGGGUGGUGUUUGUGGGUGGGUUGGGUUGUGUUGGGUUAGGUAGAUGCGGGACUUCUUGAGGAAGGUUCCUUGCUUGUUCUUGCUCUUGGGUUCGGAUGGGGUUUCUUGGGUACCUGUGUACCUUUGUCUCGUCUGGGUCUUUCUUCUCUUCUUUUGCACUCGUAGAACGAGUUAUGAUGGCU